AUGGCCAAUGAAGAAAGUGUUAUGGCUGUAAUCAGAGCUACACGGCCUAAUUUUCGCAAUGGGCACGAUAAAGUUGGGUUUGCAGUACAUGCAAUGUUCUUGAAUUCUGGGUAUUUUCUUACUGCGACAGGAUCUGCAGCUUAUUCAGACACCAUUCUGACUUGUCCACCUUCAGACGAGGUUGGAAUCGACGGAUGGAACCAAAGUGAGUGUUCUUAUGGGUUCGUUUACUCGAAAAUUGAUAAGGCCGGUGCCAAGUAUACAGUACUACUCAAGUGUUUGGUCAUGGGAGAUUUCUUGGUGAUAGAUUUUAUAAGUAGUAAAUAUCCAGAUAAGGAACCCCUCGGCCUUCGAAUCAAUGUUAAUGAUUGUAACGGUGGGGGAGACGAAAGGCCGACAAAUUUUGCCAACCAGUUUAGGAAUUUUGAUGAGCUUGUAAAGAAGUUGAAUGUGGAGAUAUUCUGUAAGUUGAAUGUAGAGAUUUUGAUCAACCCUGGUCUCCAGACAUUGUUGAUGAUAACCCGGUGUAGUAAUCAUGAGAGCUUCAGAUUCUGA